AAAUUACAUUUCUAUGGGCAGAGCGCGAACACACCACAGGUUCUUGCUGAAUAGCCCGAGUCACUUAAAUAUGUGUUUAUCUGAUAACCAACAUGAGGCGUCUCGUACAGAGAUAGAUUUUUAAACGGAACAGCCUCUGUACGUCGUGUUUCUACAUUGGAGAGCCCUCCAUUUCUGCCUGGUGUUUUUUUCUGCUAAAAGCCUGCCGUGGACCGGUUGUCACACAGGCCGCGAAUCGGGUCUUGUUGCUGGGAGGAGACCAUCCAGACUCGCCUCCCUGCUAAAGUUAGCAUUAUUAGCUGGCUAAGAUGCCCCGCUGCUGCUGGUGUAUUUUCUACACUGCAGGCCACUGUAAAGCAAGGCAGGUCCUUGGAUAAUUAUUUACUCCGACGGAACUGAAGGGUGACUUGGAGAUACACCACACCUUUCAAGAUGGAUGUUGAGUUGUGUGCUGGCGGGGACAGUACAAGGAGAAAAGUGGAUCUGGCUGGGGUUGCAGAAGGCACGAUAGACGUCGUACCGUUGGAGAUGUACGAUUCCGCCAGAGCAAAAAUAGCUGCCAACCUGCGGUGGCUGUUUGCCAAAGCCUAUGGCAUUGACCAUAUUCCAGAGGACUUAAGGGACCCGUUCUACACAGACCAGUAUGAGCAGGAACACAUCAAGCCGCCUGUCAUCCGCCUGCUGCUGUCCUGCGAGCUCUACUGCCGUGUCUGCGCCCUCAUCCUCAAGACGGAGCAGGCAGCGUCUCUUCAGUCCCACAUGUCCGUCAUCCAGUCUCUGUCCAGAAAGGGCAUUUAUGUUGUGGAAAGUGACGACACACCUGUCACAGAUGAAGACCUUGCCUGUGUGCCCAUCAAAAUGAGUGCUCACAUGCCCAUGAUCGAUGCCCUGAUGAUGGCUUACACAGUGGAGAUGAUCAGCAUCGAGAAAGUGGUGGCUUCUGUCAAGCGCUUCUCUACCUUCAGUGCCUCCAAGGAGCUGCCCUUCGAUCUGGAGGACGCUAUGGUCUUCUGGAUCAACAAGGUUAACAUGAAGAUGAGGGAGAUUACAGAAAGGGAGCACAAAGUCAAACACCACCCCCUGGAAUCCCCCAGCCAUCAAAAGGUACGGUAUCGUCGGGAGCAUGCUUCAGGCCGACAGCUGCCCUUCUUCCCUCUGCUGGAAGACCUGAUGAGGGAUGUUUGUGACGGAGCUGCAAUGCUCACUGUGGUCAACUACUACUGCCCAGACCUCAUGAAGCUGGAGGAUAUUUGCCUGAAGGAAGUCCCCUCCAUCGCUGAUAGCCUAUACAACAUCCGGCUACUCAGAGAGUUCUCCAACGAGUAUCUGAAUAAAAGUUUCUAUCUGACGACGGAAGACAUGCUCUACUCGCCGCUGGUGCUCAAGCACAAUGUGAUGGUGUUCAUUGCUGAGCUCUUCUGGUGGUUUGAGACUGUCAAGCCAGAGUUUGUCCAGCCCAGAGAUCUCCAAGAGUUUAAAGAUGCUCGAGCCAUAGCUCAGCCCAAGAGUGCCCGUCCAUCAGUGCCUAUUUCCAAUGCCACCAAGCGCAGCUUCCUGGCCAGCCCUGGUGUGGCAGAUAACCAGAGCAGUCCUGAAGUCUGUAACAGGUACUUCCUGCACCCUGAAGACUCUGACCCCCUUAAAGGGGGUCCAACAUUCAGUCCUUCCCACCCGCUCCUGCCUCUCCGACAGAGGCAACAAAAGCAGCAAGGAGAAGAUGUUUCUGGUAAGGGCAACAGUCUUCACACCCUUUACUUGCCCACAAAAGAUACAGGUCUUAGAAACCGCUCCAACUCCCUGACUCAGAUGGACGGACAACCCCGAGGCUCUGUUGUUGCAUGGCCCGACAAGAGACAAAGACCACUGUCCACAUUGAGCCCCUACAUGUUGCAAUCAGCCACAGACAGUGAUGCAGACAUUGCUUCUGGGGACAGUGUGAGUCUGGCUCGCUCCAUAAGUAAGGACAGCCUGGCGUCCAACGCCAUCAACGUCACACCCAAACACCAGAUUUCUGUCCACCAGCCAUCACAGGCUGCGAUGCGCAGAGUCAACGGCCACAGCCUCCUGGGUAACGUCAACAUUGAGGACGAGGAAGAAACUCAGGUGGCAGUUGCCAGGACUGAUGGUCCCGUCAUCUCCAAACGGGUUGACGGAACGCAAGCAACUGCCACAGUAGGACCCAAACCUGACCCAGAUAGCUUUUACCUAGAACCACUGAUGCCUUCCGUGAUCAAAACAGCUAAAGAGAAGUCUGUAUGCCUAAACAAGGAGGAGGAGAGUGGUGAGGCGCCCCACUCUUCAGGAAGGGGCUCUCUACGCCGAGGAGAUGGAUCUACAUCGGCCGUUCGUAGGAAAGCUCCCUGCAGCUUGAACCAAACCUUUACUCCUCCGGGUGAGCAGGUAGACUUGUCAGAGGAGCCUCAACAGGGUCAGGCAGAUUUUAGCCCCAUUGUUACCAGCAGUGUUGACCCCUCAUCCAGAGAGCCAGCUGGGGGUUUCUACCUUCAUUCAGAUUCUGAAGAACCAAAGUCUGACCAGGUCCUGGAUGCUGAGCUUGAAGACAUGGAUGAAGAGGAAGAGGAUCUGGAUGAAGCUUUUACCACUAAAGACCCCAACUGGCACAGGAAAGCCUUCAAUAAAGAAGAAGAAGAAUCCGCCAAACUCCAAGAGGACAUGAAUGUGAAAGAGCAUGAGGACAAAGACAUGAAUGGUGGCAGCGGUCGCUCCAGCCCCUGUCUCAGCGCUCAGUCCCAGGCAAGCAGCGUGGCCAGUGGCAGUGUACGCAUGACCUCCUUCGCUGAGCGCAAAGCCCAGCAGCAGCGCUUUGGCAGCAACCACGACCUACGCUCCAGUGCCUCCAGCUCCCAAAGGACCACUCCAGAUGGGUCCGAGAGCAGCGGGCCCCUGGCUUCCUCCUGGAGGCUUAAAAGGGACCAGAGCCCCUCCUCACCCUUGGGAGGAUGCCCUCGUACAGGUGAUGGUAGCGGUGGUUCUAAUGUACUGGCUUCUGAGAUUGUCCAGCUCCGUAUGCAGCUGGAGGAGAAACGACGUGCCAUUGAGCACCAGAAGAAGAAGAUGGAAGUGCUGUCAGCGAGGCAGAGGCAGAAGCUGGGAAAGGCAGCCUUUCUGAACAUCGUAAAGAAAGGUGGAGGCAAGAGUGACACUUUACCCAACCCACUUAAAGCUGACGUGUCUAAAGACGAGCUCAACGGGGAGAAAGCGCCGUCAAGUAAAGAUGAUAUGUGUGUUGAUGCCUUCAGAGGGGACAAAGUGGUGGCGGCAUCCAACCCGCCGGGUUCCUUAAAAGCAGACAAGAAAGGGAGCAGCGGUAGCUUCUAUCUAGAAGAAGAGUUGGACCUGAAUGAGUGCAGCCGCUCCAUCGAUCUGUUGAACGACGCUAUCGGCAGCAUCCAGCAACAAAUGAUGCAGCUGUCACUGCAGCAGGAGAUGUUGAUGAAACAGAAUGUACAGUCCCCCUCUGGUGCAACCCCACCUCCUCCUGUUACCAGUGGCAAAAAUGGUGACUCAAAGGCGGGGGCAAGCUUUCACUUUGUGGAGCACCUCUCUAACAGUGGCACCGCUCCUACCAGGAAACCCCCCAAACUGAGCUCGGGCCGGGGCUCCAGGUCCAAACCAUCAGAGCUAAAGAUAUCCAAGGAGCAGAGCUGGCAGGCCUCCAGGACCCUCACCCCCACCCAGAGUGGGUCAGAGACAUUACCACACCUAAGGCAGUUAGCUGGGGGCAGGUCCCCCAGGGCCGACCAGGUCGACGGCCUCAGAUACCCCACGGCAGGAGAGACAAUCGACAGGCCAGGCCACGUUCGGAGCGGCAACUUUCGCCUUCACGAUGAGGCGAACAUGCGCCUGCCGACCCGCGUGGACCUGAAGGCAGUGGCUGCCCCAGAAGUGUCCUUUGACGGGUGCCUGUCCAGCACCCUUAGAGAGUCUGAGCUCAACUCCUCAGACGGUUCAGGGAAAGAGAAUAUACCAUCGGACGAGGUGCAGCGCAACAAAUCCCACCUGAUUGAGGUUGAUCUGUCAGAGCUGAAAGCCCCGGAGGAAGAGGAGGCUGCCGAGGACACCACGACGGAAGGAGUUGAUGGAGAGCAGAGGUCAGGCAUGGGCUUCUUCUUCAAGGAUGAGCAGAAGGCGGAGGAUGAGCUUGCUAAGAAGAGAGCAGCGUUCUUGCUGAAGCAGCAGAAGAAAGCUGAGGAGGCUCGACUCCGUAAACAACAACUAGAAUCCGAAUCGGAGCUGAAACGAGACGAAGCCAGACGGAAGGCAGAGGAGGACCGCUUGCGUAAAGAAGAGGAGAAGACGCGGCGGGAGCUGAUAAAGCAAGAGUAUCUGCGGAGGAAGCAGCAGGAGAUUUUGGAGGAACAAGGCCUCGUGAAGCCCAAAACCCCCAAACCGAAGCAGAAACACAGACCCAAGUCUGUCUUCAGAGAGGAAUCCUCCAGUGAUAAUUUCUCCAAGGGCUCUUCCACACCUGACAACCUGAGCAACGCCCAAUCAGGCUCCAGUCUGUCUCUGGCCUCUGCUGCCACCAACGAGGCUGACAGCGUCAACUCGGGAGGGGCUGGCUCUCAGCGCUGUGACUCGGUGGAGUCGUUUCCAGGCACCCGUAACAACAGUCGAACUGCCGAAAGAGACUGGGACAACGGCUCCACGGCAUCUUCCAUCGCUUCUAUGGCUGAAUAUACCGGUCCCAAACUAUUCAAGGAGCCCAGCUCCAAGUCGAAUAAGCCAAUCAUCCACAAUGCAAUCUCCCACUGCUGCCUGGCAGGAAAGGUCAAUGAGCCUCAGAAGAACCAGAUCCUAGAGGAGUUGGACAAGUGCGAGUCCAACCACCUGAUGAUCCUGUUUCGUGACGGUGGCUGCCAGUUCCGGGCGCUCUACUCGUACUUCCCCGACACCGAAGAGAUACAGAAGCUGACGGGAACGGGACCCAAGAGCAUCACCAAGAAGAUGAUUGAUAAGCUGUACAAGUACAGCUCAGACCGGAAGCAGUUCACCGUCAUCCCCGCCAAGACUGUGUCAGUCAGCGUGGAUGCCCUGACCAUCCACAACCACCUGUGGCAGGCCAAGAGGGGUGCUGUGCCAAAGAAAGGCGGAAAAUAGCAGAGCGCUGGAUUUUAAACCCUCCGUCAUCCCAAUCAUCCCCAUCUUGCUUGUUUCCUGAAUAGACUGCGUUGAUGCCCACAGCCAAGCUCGCCAUGCUCAGUCUGAAAACCUACUCGGGAGAGGCCGCAUUCAUGUACUUGUGGUCCUCUGUAGGUGGACCCAGGCAGAAACAUGGGAAAAAGGUAUGUGUGUCUGUGUCUGUCUGUCUGUCUGUCACAGGUGGUCUGAGGGACUGGUGCUGGCAACAAAAAGAGGAACGCCAGCUGAAAUUGGCUUCUUCUCCCUGUGACCUUAGUGCAAUCUGUUUGGUUUCUUUUGGUCCGGCUCUGUUUUUUUUUAUACGACAACCACGACUCAAGCAUGUGGCUUUUUUUCUCUCUCUCUCUCUCUCUCUCUCUCUCUCUCUCUCUCUCUCUCUGUCUCUCUCUUUCUGAUAUGUGGUGGAUGUCCAUUUUUUUUUCCCACAAAGUAUUUAUUAGUUCAGCACUGUCAUGGUUGAGAGCUCAGCUGCAGCACCAAAGUCCUUUCUUUUCCCGGAAGCGCCUGUCCUUCGGACGAAUUCGGACAAAAUGAGGGGACAUUGGGGGAAAUUUUGUCGCUCUUUUCAGAAAGUCUGAAACAAGGGACCUUUGUACAACCCUUGAGGACUAUUGGACUGCCUUGCUGUCCCAUCAAAAAAAAAAAACAAUCUCUUCCUGCGUGGACUGUCAAAUCUGUCGAAUCAGGCUGGCAUUGCCGAUUUUGCCUCACCGGGGAUCUCCAAAAUAAAAAAACCUGCUGCUCUGAACUGUCUUCUUCUUUUGUCACGGGGGAGCUCCUCAGGUCUCCCUCAGACAUCCGUUGGCCUUUCACUCAUCGUGGUACUAUCGUCAGUUUUUUCAACCGCUUUUUAAACUGUCGCUGAUCGUGUAGCACUGAAUGUGUAUAGCAAAAAAAAAAAAAAAAAAGUCAUUUUAAAUACUUUUAUUUGUCAAAAACACCCUUUUCCUCGAAAGGUGUCAAAAGAGGGUGAAUGAUAGGUCUUGGUGCAGAAAUUAUGUUUUUUUUUGAGGGGGUUUUGUUUUAAAGCAAUGUGGUAUAGAGUCUGAGCUGAUGUUAUGUGUUUUCAUAACGGGAAUUCUCUGAUGUUUAGAGCUUAGUUGUGUUUUCUCUCCCCACUGGGCACUCUUGAAUUGUCCUGUAUAAAGGUGCACUCAUGAACACUGGCUUCUUUCACGCAAUGUAACUCUCUCUUUCCAUCCCUGAGUGGUUUUGUUGGCCUGUCCCAUCUUUAACCACGAGAGAGGCACACCACUCUUGUUGUGAAGGGUGUUUUUGCGCCUCUCUGUAACCGCUUCGAAUGACAGUAUUUGAUAUAUUCACAAAGGGGUUUCUGUGUGGGCGGGACGGGGGGGGACUGUGGUUCAGUUAUAUACCAACAUUAAAGAACAUUCCUCCAAGGUGUUGACAAACACUGCCACUUCGUCUCUCUCUUCUCUCUGUCUUUUAAAAAAAAAAAAAAAAAAAAAAAAAAAAAAAAAUCAAAGUGCUUUUUUAGAAACCGUUGUUGGCCUCGAGAACAACCGUAAGUGUUGCACGAGCACUUUACUUUCUGUUUGUUGGGAUUUUUACGUUUUGAAUGGGCAUAAACACAAAGAACUAAUUGAUAAAACUGCUGUUGUGCACUCGUAAAAUUGUUAAAACUUAACCAAACACUAAGAUUUAAUACUGACAUGUAACGUUGAAGGGCCUCCGCUGAUAUGAUACUACUGCUGUCUCCCAAAAACAGAAUACUUGAUUUCUCAUUUGCUGCAUAUUGAUUUGUUUUUGGGCGAGGGAGGUGGCAGAUCUGUAAAUGUAUGCAAGUGUAUUUUUAUGUUAACUAAAAGAUUGUUCUGGCAUUUGUACACCAUUUUUGUUACACUAGUGUACUUUUCAUCCUUGUUGAUUUUAUCUUUGAUCCCAUGCCAUCUAUUUAUUUUAAAAAUGGAAGCACUGAAACAGAAUAAAUUUUCAAGUGAAUUAAAGUCA